AUAGCUUUUAAUUACACACUCUCACCUCGGGAUUUAUUCUUUUGAAGGCCAGACAAAGUUGGGCAGGAACAAAUUCUUAAAUUUUAUGGACCCCCAGGACGGCUGAAGGAACAAAAGUGUAACGAUAAACGUUACCCAGAUAUCUGUUCAUACCAGUUAACUAAGAUAAUGGAACAUAACGUGUCUUGUGAUGUGAAGGUGUGUGGGUCUUCAAAGAUUAAAAUGGCUUCAGUGAAUCCACAAAUGGGGAAAGCUGUUGAUGACUGGGAAACAAUACCGAAGGAAAAACUUACUUAUAAAGUACAGGAAGCAGUAAGAACAAACCUGGAAAAUGGAUUUAAUUUCUUUUUUCUUAAAUGUGGAAGGAUUUAUCAAGCCUUUAGUAUUCCUCCUGUCUUCCAGAAAAAUGAAAAUGAUGAAAACAGAAGUGCUAUCAAUAUAAAUAUUAUUGUGUUGGACUCUAUCUCAAGGCCACACUUCUAUCGAACCAUGCCAAAAUCUAUAGAGGCUUUGCGAAAGAUAAAGGAAGAUUCUACAAUCAAGGCGACCUCCUUGGACUUUGAACUUUUUCAGAGCAUUGGUCAACAGACUUUUGAAAACUUAAGGCCAUUCUUCAGUGGUGUUCUGAAAGGUGAUUUGACAAAUUUCUUCGCUAUUGUUAAUUGA